CUCAUUACUCUCUCAUCAGUCUUAUACUUGUAUUGCUUCAAUCUCUCUCGAGACACAAAAUAAACAAAGAAAAUGGGAGGCAUUCUCUUCCUCAUCUUCUUCCUCCUCUCCUCAUCUUCAGACGCCUGCGACCGAUGUCUUCACCACUCUAAGGCAUCUUUUUUCUCCUCUGCCCCUGCUCUCUCUUCCGGAGCUUGUGCCUAUGGCUCUUUGGCUACUAGUUUCUUUGCCGGCCACAUUGCGGCGGCACUUCCUUCCAUCUACAAAGACGGCGCCGGCUGCGGAGCUUGCUUCCAGGUCAGAUGCAAGAACCCCGCUCUUUGCAGCAGCAAAGGAACCACCGUGAUCGUCACAGACCUCAGCAACACCAACCGAACCGAUCUUGUCCUCAGCACCAGGGCCUUCAGGGCAAUGGCUAAGCCCGUUCUUGGCGCCGACAGAGAUCUUCUCAAACAAGGUAUUGUCGACAUUGAAUACCAGAGAGUUCCUUGCGAUUACGGGAACAAGAAGAUGAACGUGAGAGUGGAAGAGUCAAGCAAAAAUCCAAACUACUUGGCCAUAAAGCUGUUGUACCAAGGAGGCCAAACCGAAGUGGUUGCCAUCGACAUUGCUCAAGUAGGUUCGUCACAUUGGAGUUACAUGAGCAGAAGCCACGGAGCAGUGUGGGUUGCUGCCAAAGUACCCGCCGGAGCUCUGCAGUUCAAGUUCGUGGUGACGGCAGGCUACGACGGCAAAAUGGUUUGGUCGCAGCGGGUGGUUCUUCCGGCCAGCUGGGUAGCUGGGAAGACCUAUGACGCCGGCGUUCAGAUCACCGACAUUGCUCAGGAAGGUUGUGAUCCAUGUGACGAUCACAUCUGGACCUGACUUACUACUCCAGGCGACCAAGACCUCUUAAUUAAUUGGGAGGAAGAACCAACAGGAAUGCGUAAUCGCAAGAUUCUU